AUGGAGAAGCCAAAGUACACUCGCGUGCAGUCUUACGGGAGCAUGAGCUCCGCGCGGAGCGAGGAUGACAUGACUGUACACAGUCAGCUGUUCCCCUACCCAAAGAAGAUGGUGGUGGAGCGCGAGAUUUUGUACGAGGAGGAGAACCCCCCCUUCCAGCCGCUCUUCGCCACUUCCAGAAUAUUCGGCAAGGCCAGGUUCACGUGCUUGAUGGCGCUGUACCUGUGCUUCUACGUGCUGUUCUUAGUGGCCGGCGCUAUCGUCUUCUCUUCGCUGGAAGCGCCAUACGAGAACCAAAUACGGCUGGACGUUAUACGCGCGAAACAAGAAUUCAUGUCAAGAUACCCCAGCGUGCUAGGUAUG